CACAGGAACCUCACCUGGAAUCUGUCCCAUUUCUAAACACUUUCCAACCCUGCUAGUGAGAAAGGCCACAAAAACCAAUCCAAAAGCACUGAGUUUAAAGCCAGUCCGGAGAAGUCCCUCUGCUUGGAUUAUUUUCCCAGUUACCACUCAUCGGAAAACAGGCUUACCAACACACGCUCCCGGAAUCCCAGCCAAGAGCAAGCAGCAUUGUGGAAUCUGGACAGCAGGGUGGAAGGGUGGCCAGGGCAUCAGCAGAUGGAAACAUGAGGGGACUGCUGGGCAGCAGCUGGAGGAAGUUUGGCCAUGCUGGCCGGGGGACGUACGAGUGGCUAACCAGUGAACCAAGCCUACCACUUCUGGAGACCCAGCUGCAGGGCACCCAGCAGCUGAGUUCCACCCAGGCGGAUGUGGAGCCUUUCCUGUGCAUCCUGCUUCCGGCCACCAUCAUGCUCUUCUUGGCCUUCCUGCUGCUCUUCCUGUACAGACGCUGCCAGGCCCCACGGCCCCAAGGCCAGGUGUUCAGCAUCGACCUCCCAGAGUCCCCUUCUGGAGAGGUAACUGACUUCUUGCCCAGCCUACCUUGGGGCAGCGAGCAGAGUGUCCCCUACUCUCCACUGCCGGUCUUUGGGACCCUGCACUUGACCUGCCUGCCACCCUCCUAUGAAGAAGCCAUGGGGAACCCUCCUGGGAUAGACGUCCUGGACACAGAACCUCAGAAUGGAGAAGAGUCACCCUGACCAGAGGACUAAAAACUAACUCUCUGGAAACCCUUAAAAAAAAAUGUUCCCGACUCUCACAAACAGAACUGGGAAAGAGAGGCCAUCCAGACCCAAGGAGAUGAGACUCACUGCCGCCCUACCCUAGGCUACUUUCCAAGUAUCAGAUUUACCUACUUCCCAGUUCAUUAGGGAAGAGAUUCCCCCAAGUCCUUAGAUAUAACUGAGCUCCCCUAAAUCAGUAACACCCCUCAGAAAUGUGGGAAAGUUGUGUGCUGAGAAAAGAAAUGAAUAGUCGGAUGACUGAUUUAACUAAACGACUGAUUUAUAGCUUAGGAAUCGGUUCUGAAGGGUCAGAAAAAAGGCUGGACCAGCUAAAGGCCAUUGCUUUUCCCUCCACGUGAAAUUUGUUUUCCUAAAUCAAUUUUGCAGGGUCUUUUAGCUUUUACUUUUGUGACCAUUUCAAGAAACAUUGAGAGUUCAAGAAGAAUAGAAGACAUCCCUAGAGCUUUGGGAAAAAUUGUACUGUAAAUAGUCAUGGUCUAUGUUUCAGUAUAAGUAGAAAUAGAGGUUUGCAAAUAUUUUAGUUAAAAAAAAUGACCCUUUCUAGUAUUUCCUUUUUGUAUGGCUCUCAUAGUUGCCCUCUGGUUCAGUUUCUGGAGCGGGGAUGGAAUUUGUCCGGGUUCCAUGGGAAUGUCUCCCAGGGCACAAGUGCUAUGCCGACGUGCUGGUUACUAUGAUCUUGCAUUGUCUCACUGUUUUUCGUGCCAUGUCAUUUUCACACACUAUAGCACGACUGUAUUGCACUGGAACACCAUCAUUGACUCUGCUGUCGUCUUCACCAUUGGAAAUAAAGGUCAAAAAAUUGGGGUCACAUGGUUAAACGGAA